AUGGCGUCCAAGCAGCCUCUAGACCCUAUUCUCUAUCGGAACGCUGAAGGCGAUGUUACACUCAUUGACAUUCCAACAUCAAUCGCCGCUGCCCAAGGAACAAAAGAUCAUCCCGCCUUCAGCAGGUUGCUGUCAUCAAAGCCCCAAGAAGUGCCUUUUGCUAUGAACGAUCCCAAGUCGGAUGAUGCAAAGAGCAAACUGGCGGAGAACACAGUGGAUGCAGCUCUACACGAGGAAUAUCGCUCGAUCACAGAGCGAGCGCUAAAUGCAAUCAGAACCAACUUUCAAGGAAACUGGUGUCAUCCACGGGAACUGUUUCCGGAAAUCCAAUUGAAAGGCAACAACCGGGAAUCGAUGAAGCGCGAAGACCACCAGCCUGGGACUACUGAGAACACCUUCGACGACACAUUGUCAUGGCGUGAAGAGUCAAUCGAGAAGAGCAUGGCCCGAUUAACAGGACUGCCGCAAGAUCUGCUUCCACAGCUUGCGGAACAAUGCGACUCGAAACAUGGAGACAAAAAGCGCUUUCUCGUCAAGUACAGUAGCCCGAAGACCACAGAUGAAACGAAUUCAGAGGAGGAGAAAGACAAGGAAGGUUAUCUUCCUUACGAGCCUCUGCAAUAUAACCUUGACGACAGUGUCCUUCGAUUGACAGUGUUGGAUAACUUGGUUACGGGAAAGGCCGCCUACACAUUCAGGGUUCCUCCACGGGCAAGUUGUUUAUCUGGCGACUGCUCCGACGCCACAUCACUCCGCGCCGCUAUCCGCACGAUAGCACAGGAGUAUGAUACGCCUCGCAAAUUCGAUCUCAUACUGCUCGAUCCACCCUACACGAAUCAUUCCGCUAAACGCAAGAGGGCAUACUCAACGGAUUCGUUGGGCAACCUCAAGGACUCCUUGCUGCGAAUGGACCUACCCAUUGCAAAUAAUGGCAUUCUGGCCGUCUGGAUCACCAACAAGCCAGCUAUACGCACCAUGAUCCUCGGUGCUGGAGGAAUUUUCGAGAACUUCAAUGUCGGCUUGAUUGAGGAGUGGAUUUGGGUCAAGACGACCGUGAAGGGCGAGCCCAUGUUUGCACUCGACAGUUCCUGGCGCAAGCCAUACGAGGUUCUGCUUGUAGGAAAAGCCGCGGCCAACCCAUAUACCGUGGCAGAACCAGCAACAGAUGUGAAGAGGAGAGUCAUUGCUGGCGUGCCGGAUCUUCACUCACGAAAGCCAUGCUUGAAGAACCUCCUGGAAUCGUUAAUGGCCGAUCCGAACUCGUACACCGCGAUUGAGCUCUUCGCCAGACAUUUGGUGUCAGGGUGGUUCUCCUACGGUAAUGAACCGCUACGUUUUCAAUGGGAUGGCUGUUGGGCGGAUUGA